AGCGAUUCGAAGUCGGUGCCCAUCCUAAUGAUUGAAUCAAAACAAUUUCCCAUGCUACACGAAUGCUCAAUUUUGCGACGAAUCAACACAGCCGUAUGUGAGCAUUAUUUGAACUUGAACUUCACUCAGACAGUACAUGGUCACACUUCACACUUUCGAUUGGAAGGCCCAUCACUGAUUGUCUGGCGUCUGGAGAAGUUCAUUUGAGAUCGGAUCACUAUCGUGAUCGUCAGUUGUGUUUGAUCAGUUCCAAAGGCAACAGCAAUGAAUAUGUUGAUAGUGAUUUUUUGUGUCGUUGUUUUAUUCUUCGGAGCUAGCUUACAACUGGAGCCAUGUGUGGUGAAGCUCGAUUCCACAAGCUACGGAGUGGGAAUUCUCAACUCCACCUUUUCGGGUGUGUCACAUUGUGUUUAUCUGGGUGUUCGUUACGCGGAAGCUCCCAUCGGACGGCUGAGAUUCAAAAAUCCAGUCCUUCAUGUUCCAAGUGGAGCCCAAAAUUACACAGUGGUAGGUAAUAUAUGCACGCAGGAAAAUCAUUUCCACUCACCGACGGACAUAAUUGGAGAUGAAGACUGUCUGUUCCUUAACAUCUACUCUCCGCUGGUCGCGAUAGACGCUGGUCAGAAUGUGAAGUAUCAAGUGCUUGUAUUCGUCCAUGGCGGAACAUUCGCAGUAGGACACAGCCUCGUAGACACUGGCAGCGGAGUGGAUUUACUGGUCGAAAGCGGCAUUCUGGUGGUAACCAUAAAUUACAGAUUAGGGCCCCAUGGAUUUCUACGGUAUCCGGAGUUGAACAUCACUGGAAAUUACGGUAUCAAAGAUCAGCGAGAAGCAUUGCGAUGGGUUCAGAGAUAUGUGAAGUUCUUCGGAGGAGAUCCCCAACGAGUGACUCUAAUGGGACAGAGUGCUGGAGCGGGAGCAGUUACCGCGCUCCUAUAUGCUGAGAGUGCGCGAGGAUUGUUCCAACAGCUGAUUGCCAUUGGAGGCAGUACUCUCGCUCCUUGGGCCCGGAACUACAACUUCGGAAGCUUCGCCGAGAAACUCGCCUCGAAUCUAAACGUUACUUCCCUCGAGCAGUUCCAGGAAGUAGAUUCCAAGCUUUUAUUCAAUAUCACUUACAAUUUUAUAGGAUAUUUCACAAUGUUCUAUGGGGUGUUCCUCCCAACGGUGGAAGAAGACGACGAACCAGAUGCAUUAUUAACAGGUUUACCCCACAAGAAUGUUCUUAAUAAGCCAGUAAAUCAGGUUCCAAUUCUUAUGGGUCAAACGGCGACCGAAUUCGAGCUGCUCCUUUUCUAUGCCGAUUUCCUGUAUAUGGGAGAUAACUAUCCCAAUAAUGAAAACGAAACAAUAAAGACCAAUAUAGCCAAGUUUAUAGCGUACGCGGAGCAGUAUUUAGAAGAUCCGGAGUUCUACAAAAAAUUUGCCAAUAUGGCCAACAUGUGUUAUCCCAUAAAAAAGUUUUUGAAGCAGCUUUCCAAACAACUGGAUACAAAUCCGAUCUACUACUACCGUUUCGAGUUCGAUGGUCGGUUUGGAUACUACAAAAAUGGAUACUACAAGUCAAGAACAAACGGGAGUCGGUAUGGUGCAGUGCAUGGAGAUGAUCUGGGUUAUAUUUUCACGCCAUAUGUUGUGAAGGCGGCUUUGCAGAACCGAAGCGAAUACCGCAGGGAGUGGAAGGUCCACGAGCGCACGGUGGAAUUGCUGUCUAACUUUGUCAAAUACGGGAACCCUACACCGAAGGAGAGCAAAUUGUCAAACAUCGUGUGGCCAGCUUACAACGAAAACGCUACGAGGCCGGUAUAUCUGAACAUCGAUGAAACGUUCGAGAUUAGGCAGGAUGACGAUGUGGACAAUAGGUUCUACAACAUGUGGGAUAAAAUCUACCACUGUUUGUACUACUAUGAAUGUGAUUCUUUCAACUAUGAGUGGGGAGAUUCGGAAAAUGAUGAAAUCGAUAACACUAUAAACAAUGAGUAGUAACCAUUGUUAAAUUAUGUAGAAUUGUUAGGCAUCAUAUUUUUAAAUUAUGUUAAAUUAUGUAGAAUUGUUAGGCAUCAUAUUUUCCGAUAUGUCUAGCAAAGUUGAGUAUUUUUUCUGACCCAUCCCCUUAAAAUGUGCUCAUAUGGAAUCUGAGAUAUAUGUUUUAUUUCUAUUGAGGAAUUCAAUUUAUGACUUCUCGCACACCGAGUGGACAAAUGUGGGCUCCCAUUCCAAUCGUAAAAUCUACCAAACUGAAAUGAGAACAAUGAAGUUUGACUUCUCGCAGAAUUCAAUUUAUAGUAAGACUCUUUCUAUGUGUUUACCAAUCAGUGUGAUUCAUGAUCCAAAAUGCUUGUUUCCACAUUUUCAGGGUUAUCCUAAAAAAAAUUCACUUCUGAAAAUACUUGUUUUGUAUUUAUAAAAAAAAAAGAAAGUUCGUGUCCAGGACACAAUCGCAGUGUUGAUUUAGGACAACGAAAUUAUCGCCGAAGAGAAUAAACAUUAUAAAAAU